GUGUGUACAUUUAAAAUGGCGCCAAUGCUUUGAUGAGGAUUCUCUCUCCAGCUUUUGCUAGACUUUUGUGAACUGUUGUUCCCUUAAUGCAAUGAGUGGAGGCGGGGGAUAUACUUUAGGAGGAGGAGGAGGGAGAGUGAAAGAGCCCACUGUUACUUUUAGGAGGCCAUUAAGGAUUCACUCAGAAACAGAGAAUCUCAUCGAGUUAUCGAAGGCGUGGUCUUCAAGAGGCGAUACUGAAUCCACUUCAGUGAAUCCAUCUCUUACCUCUCAUUUCAAUAUCGGGUCACAUGACGCCAGGGAAAGAUCACAUGACAUCCGCACGAGGUCACAUGAUAGUAAAAGGGCACACGAGACUGGGUGGACGUCAAGGGAUAGCUCCAGUCGCUACCUCCGACCAGGGACCUCAUAUCAGUCUAUCAACGAGAGAGAGGGAGGGAGGGGAGCAGCACGACCUCCUUUGUCUAGCAGGACAAGGGAUUUACUCAGUUCUCCUUAUUUGGGAUCAGUCGGUUCCUCUCACAAUCGCUCAUCCUCUCCAUCAAAGCAUAAUCCAUCAUCUCUUUUUGGAGCCGCUGCCGAUUUUAGAGAUCACAAACCACGCCCACAGCCGCACUUGGUAGCAACCGGUAGACCAGUUGAUGUACCAGUGGUUAAUGGGGUACCAGUUACCAUGACGAGGAAAGUCGUGAGAGAGGGAGGAGAAGGAGGUAGGGUCAAGGAGAAGAGGAGGUUGACUUACAGAGAGGAAGGGACCAUACCUUUAUCAAACUCUCAAGUCAGUUCUUUGCUGGAAAAGAUAGAGAGACAGAAAAGAGACCGAGAGACUCUAGAGAAGAAACUAUCGUCACAUUCGGACCUGACCUCUUCAAGCCAUGUCCCUUUAAGCCACUCCCAUUAUGUGAUAGAAACCGCCAAAAGACGAAAGAUAGCGACAGCUCCACCUCCUAAAGGCUACACCGGCUUCACGUCGGCAUCAUCGCAACCUUUGACCUUUAAACCAAAGACGCACCCUCUUUUACAAACCGCUCCCACUUCUACACACCCACCUGUUGAGCCACCGGCCAAUAAAACGACAUGGGCGGUACCUCGUCAAUCUCCUGUCAUCACACCUUCAUCGUGGAGGUCGGGACAAGAACUGGUUAAGAAAAUGUUGGAGAGAGAAGUAGAGAAAGACGAAGGAGAAGAAAGGAGAACCAGACCUAGUUACGGGAGCAAUGCUCAGGAAAUAUUGAGAGACAUGGAGACAACGUCAGAGGAAGAGGAAGAGGAGGAGAGGCCAGUUAUGAAAACAAAACCUGUCAAUCCUGUUAAACAAGUUUUGAAACUAUCAGAGUCGGUUCCAGUCACUACUCCACCUUCACAGUCACACAGACAGUACAACAGGGAAUCAGUCCAGAAGUACAUGUUGUCAAAACAAGAGGAAAGGAAGAGGAAACUGGAGGAGGACAGAGCAGCAAGAGCAGCAGCUGAGGCUGACAGGAAGAGAAGAUUACAGGAGUUAAGAGAGAGGCAGCAGAAUAUAUUAAUUAAUAAUUUGCAAGCUCAGCAGAAAAGGAGAGAAACGGCAGCUGACGAAGGAACGUCAACGAUACACAUUCACUUUGAAAAUAAAGAUUUUCAUCAUGUUUCUAGUUCUUCUUCUCACCCACCGUCACUUUUCACACCUUCACGAACUCCCCAAACCACACCUUUAUCAUCCUCCCACCCUCACAUGUCCCACGUCACUCCCUCCAGAUUAAGCACUACUACGACUCCGCCCAUUUUCACUAGCAUUGCCACACCUACAUUUGCCACACCUACUGCCACUAUUGCCCUGCCCACUCAAAGCUCUGCUGACUCGUCGUUUAUAUUUUCAACUCCAGUUGUGGUAAUGGCCCCACCCACUAUAGCUCCACCCACUUGCACUCCGGGUGUGUCUGCCUCUCCUCGUACCAGUUUGAGUUUCUCGUCUCCUUAUAUGGUAACGAGGGGAACAACCUUACCCACGUCUUCUCUCAGUUCCUCUCGCUUCCCUCCUCCCCCUCCUCCUCCUCCUAGCGAUAGAGAGGCCAAGUUAUUGGAGCUACAAAGCUCCGCCCUCUCGUUAAAACAAAGGAUCGAGAACGAAAAGAGAAAAUUAGAAAUCAUGACAUCGUCACCAAAACCUGUCAAGACUGCCACGCCCAUCCCUCCGCCCACUCGAAUAAUUAAGAGCCAAUUUUACGAGGCAAGCACGCAAACUUUACGAACAUUGUCCACAGCCCCUCCUCCUUCUGCUACGCCGAUUUCAGUUUCAUCACCACGCCCACUUUUAACAGCUAGACCUGGCAUUACCGUGACAACUGCUUCGGCUCCGGUUAGGUUACCAUGGCAACAAAAGGGUGGGGACCGGUUUAGUGUUAUCAAUAUAUACACAGAGAGACAAGAGAAGAGUGAUGUCACUGAUGGGGGGAGUGAACAAGAAGAAGAGAAUAAUGGAGGACAAGUAGAGGAAGAGAGAGAGAGUGAGGAGGAGGAGAGAAAGGAAGAGACAGAGUCUGAGACAGAAGAAGAAGAGGAAGAGGUUAAACAGAAAGAUACAGACAGUAAAGAUGAACAUGUUAGAGAUGAAGACAUUAGUUGGACUGCAGUAUCACCGGUUCCUUCUAGCCCCUCCCCUCCUCCUCCUCCUCCUCUUGGUGGAGGCGUGUCAGUUAUCACACCUCCUGGGUCUCCUAGCUUUACUGAAUCAUUCGUAACUCCGCCCACCACCACCAGGAUACUACCAAUACAUGUGAUGGAAACAAAACAAUCCCCCAGAUACUCCCCUCAUUCUCUUGGUCUUCAAUUGAAAGCCGAACUAAACAUACUUGAAGCUGUUGAGGAGGGAGUCCGUCACGUUGAGGGGGUGGAGUCAGCAAGAGCAGUAGCUGAGGCUCAGCAGGAAACUGUAGCAUUGGCACAACUAUUCCAGACACAGUCACAGACUCAGGAAAUGAAAAUAAAAGAAAUUAAUAAUAAAAAUAAAGAGAGAUUAAGAGAAACAGAGAUGAAACUGGACAAGGAGAGAGAGGAGAGGGUGUCAGUUAGUGAUCAGUUAUUGAAACUGAAAGAGAAGACUCAGGAACAAGCAGCAACCAAUGAAUUAAGAUCAAGACAAUUGGAGGAGGAGAGAGCACAGUCUCAUUCAUUAGCUCAGCAGCAGCAGCUCAUAAACACUCAGUCAGAGUUAACCUCAGCCGUACUCCAGAGCACACAGGCUCUGGUGGAGAGUGUAGCUAAGGCAGCAGCUGAAUCAGCAGUUAGGACAGCUAUGGAGGAGAGGAGAGAGAAGGAGAGAGAGGAGGAGGAGGAGGAUGGUAGCAGUAGCUAUGACACUGAUUUUGAGCCACAAUCAUUUGAAACAGAUAGUCUUAAUACUCCGCUAAUGACAUCGCCAAUGUCACUCCCGCCCACCUCUAUCACCAUCACCACCGCAUCUCACACUCCAUCGAUCCCGCCGGUCUCCCACGUUCCCUCUCACCCUCGUCCACUGUCCACGGUCAUCGACCUACCCCCGGUAUCAUCCAGUGACUCCGUUUCGACUUUAUUGUCCCCGCGUCUCUCCGGGGGCAGUAAGAGUUCUCGUACUAGUGGUACCCUAACGCCAGACGAGACUCAAAACCUUAAUAAUAACGGAGCCAUACUGACCUCCCACGAGGAGGAGAUAGAGGAAGAGAUUGAGGAAGGUACUAGUGUCACUGACGAGGAAGAGGAGGAGUCUGGAGGGGGCGGAGAAAAGGGUGGGGCCAAUGAUGAUAUUGAUGACGUGUCGUUUCGUGAGUUGUUGCCGUCUGAGGCCCAUAGGAGACAGCAGAGGAAGAGACUCAACUCAACUAGCUCUGAUCUAUCUGAUGUACUACCUAUUACCAUACAGAGUGGUGAGGGUUCUCCGCUAUCAGUUGGCGAGGAGUCCUUCAAUUCAUUUGUCAACAGGAUGGUCAGUCAGUACGUGAAGGAGGAGGAGAUGAGAGCAAAGCAUCAGUCAGCACUACUCAAACUGAGGGAGAGAGCAGUCAAAGAGAAGAGCCAAGCACAACUCAAGUGGCUCAACGUUAAGAAAAAAAGUUUGAUUAAUAAGAAAGACGACGAGUCCAUGCCUCUAUUGAUACGCAAAGAAGACGGAGUGAGAAAGAAACUAAAACAAGAACAAGCUGAGAUAAAACGAUUACAAGAAGCUCACAAAAGAGCUAGUCAGGACCGUAAGCUCCUCCUACUACAGCAACAGGACAUUGCCCGACUCCAGCGCUCAACCAAACAAUACGUUGAGAAGAUAAGGAGAUAUGGAGGAGGAGGUACAGGAACCAGCCCAUUGCACCUUGAGUACUCUUUAUCACCAUCACCCUCUCCUCUUCACUCACCUGAUGUCUUACACUCUGAGGAAGUUUCUGAGUCAACUUCUCUAAGUGGUUCUCCUGUCAAGUCUGCCAGUGUAUUAGAAGAACUUGAAUUAUCAUCACAAUCAUCAGCCGAUACCUCAAUUAGAGGAGGCGGGGCAGUAGGUGGAGUGCUGGGUAUGCCUUCAAGUCAAACGAGUGAUAACUACAAACUAAUGAAACUUAAGGAAUCCUCAGAAGAAAAAGAAAAGGAGUUGUUAAAAUAUGAAGAGAAGUUGAUCAAAAGACGUCAGACAGCAGAGGAGCUCCUGUUGUACAAACAAGAGCUGGAGAGAAGAGAGAAACAGCUAAGAGAGGAAGAAGGGAACAUUAACAGGAUAAUAGAGAGGGCGAUAAUAAGCCAGGAAGAUAAGCAGAGCAGUAAUACUGGGAGUAGGUCAUCAACCGUCAGAGAGAGAAGAGGAGAACCCAGUUCAGUAUCGGAGGAUAUAUCAGUUUAUAACACUGAUACUUUUGAAACUGAGACAGCAGCUGCUUCUACUCACUUAACAUCAACACCACAACAGCAGCAACUGGGAUCAGUGGGAGACUUGUCUCUGGGUAGUCCCAGUGAUGAGGAAGAUAAGAGAUUGAUGGAGCUACAGGCAAUCCUCAUGGAGAAGGAGAAAGAAUUGAAGAAGAGGAAGAAGGAGGCACUGAGAGCUAAGAGAGAUCAAAAGGAGAAAGCAAUUAAAGCAAGACUGAUUGAGAUUGAGAAGGAGCUCCAAGAACACAGUGAGGAGGAGUUAGUCAACACUGUCCCUUCCAUUCAGAUCACUUCACAUGAGACGCUCGUCAAACCAGUACAGAAACAGGUUGUACCGGUUAGCGAGCCAGUUAUACCAGUUCGAGAACAGGUUCUACCAGUGAGAAAGGAAGAGGCUACAAAGUCACUGGAUACCAAGUCUCCAUUAAGCAGCAGCAGCAGCAGCAGUAGCAGCAGUAGUUCAGUAUCUACUGUGAUAUCUAAUGAAGGAGAGAUAGAGGAAGAGAUCACAAGCUCUUUAAUAUCUAACAAUGCUCCUUCACAGCAAACUGAAUCUCAAGCAAUAGCUACAUCAGCCCCUCCCACUGUUUUUCCAGCCCCUCCCACUGUUUCUGUAGCUCCUCCCACUAUUUCUUAUGCCCCUCCUACUAUUUCUUCUGUCCCUCCCAUUACAUCAUCAGCCCCUCCCACUAUUUCCAUAGCCCCUCCAACUAUUCCUCCAGCAGUUAGUACUACAUUAGUACUAACGUCCUCUUCUGCUCCAAUAUUAGCAGCCACACCCACUACAGCUCCAGUAUCGGUAGCCACACCCACUUCAGCUUCAAUAUUAGUAGCCACACCCACUACAGCUCCAGUAACUCCACCCAUUUCUACACCAGCAGUCACUAUAUCAGAAGAGCCUAUUCCCAACCCCCUAACAUCAACUGCAAUAGCCUCUACUAUAUCAGUUACACCAACCAUCCUAUCGCAUAAAGAACUCAUCACUUCCACUGCAGCAGUUGGAGGUAAGGACACUAUUGACGAUGCUCUUACUGUCACAGCGUCCCCACGUCCCUCUCCUUCUCCUCUCUCCCUCACUCCUGAUAUAUCAGAGGACACAGGCUCUAACCUCUCACUAUCACAGCGUGUACUAGUAGCUAAUAGUGUCCAGGGAGUCAUUGAGUACAUUGGUACUACUGAUUUUGCAAGUGGUAUAUGGAUCGGUGUCAAACUUGACGAGCCAAGAGGAAAGAAUGACGGAUCGGUGAAUGGAAAGAGAUACUUCUCUUGUCCUCAGAAGCAUGGAGUCUUUGCUCCUCCUUCUAAAAUAUUCCCAAUAGAAGAGGAGAGCUCUGGGAAAGAUACCAGCAGCAGCAUAUCUGAGGAAUUCAGCUCAGAGAAGGAUGAGAGAGAGUCGCUGAGUGCAAUAUCUCCUGAACCACUAAUAGAUAAUGUUAAUACUUCACUGCAGAAGGAGCAAACUGCUAGUGGAGGAGCUGAAGUGACUGGUGCUUCACCUCUUGAUGAUGAUAAUGAUAGUUAUACUGCAAUAUCAGAGAACGAAGAAACACAAUUAGAUGAUACUCUAGUACAAGAAGAAGAGGAAGGAGAAGAUGAUCAAGUAAUUAAAGAUGGAGAGUUUGAGAGUGUAGCUGAUAUAUGGAGCAAGAAGAAAGGGCCUGAUACAGAAGCCUCUAUUGAUAAAGUUACUGAUCAGUUGCUGUCAGCUUUAGUUCAAUCAGAGGUUGACCUGAUUUGUAAUAUAAGAGACACUAGAGAAGCAUUGAACCAAGAAGAUGAGGAGGAGGAGGAGAGAGAAGCUGUUAAAAGCAAAGAGGAAGCUAAAGCAGAAGUUUCUAUAGUAGAAGUUAAGAUUAAUAAAAGUGUCAAUAAAGAGAGAGGGAUAUCAUUCUCCACUGCUCUAGUACCGAAUUCAAGACAGCAAGUUAAUCGUAUUGUUCAAUCUGCUUGGAACACUCUUAAGAACCACAUAUCCUCCCAACUGGCCAAACCCUCUAAAGAACAGACCCCUCCUCAGCUGGUACCAUCUCAAGAGUUGAUAAAUGAGUUGUGCAAUAAGACUGGGGUCAUGUUGAACUGUGAGAAGUCUUUCGUACACUUGGUAUUUAAUCUGGCACUAAGAGUGAUGGAGGGAGAGAGGACAGGGUCGCUAAUCAGUCACAAAAUAAGCUGCUCUACCUUGGAGCAUGUUCAAGACAGGGUACACGCCCUCCUUGAGCAGCGGAAGAGACCACACCCUCUACCUCCUCUCCGCGCCGCUAUCUCCACAACAAUCGCAGAACGGGUGGAAAAGAAGUGGAUUUUAUUGAUAGCAUCUUACUAAGUGAGAUGAGGCAGGAGGAGCCUUCUUGGAUCAACUACAGACUGGAAGAGGAUAAAAUUAAGAAAAGGACUGCAGAUGAGAUUUUGGAAUUUUUGAUUGAUGAAACGGUAGAAGUGAUUAAGGAUAUUUAUGCGAAAAAGGAGAGACAAACUAAUUAAGAAUACAUAAAUAAAUAAAAAUACAUGAAUUACCUGUAGAUGUACAUGCAUGUGAUUACUUGUAGAAUUUUAUAACUUCCACUAAUUACAUCAAUAGUUGUAGUGUUAGUAUAUUACAGGUAUUAUUGCGCACCAUUUUUCAUCAGAAUGAUAAUUUUUAAUUGAAA